AUGUCUCGUCACGGUGAUAUCUCAAGCUCGGAAGACACAGUUGGAGUCUGUGUCUUCCAAUACCCCAUGCCUCGUCUUCAUACGAACGAAGAAGUCAUGGAAAAUGCCAAAAAGAUUUGCGAGGUUGUCAAGGGAGUCAAAAUGGGUUUGCCAGGUAUGGAUCUCAUUGUCUUUCCGGAAUAUUCCACUAUGGGGAUCAUGUACGAUCGUCAAGAAAUGUUCGAUACAGCUUGUGCGAUUCCUGGGCCUCUCACGGAUAUGUUCGGGAAGGCCUGUAAGGAGGCUGGCGUCUGGGGAGUCUUUUCCUUGACGGGAGAGCAACACGAGGAACAUCCCAAGAAGAACCCGUACAAUACCCUUGUUCUCAUCAACGAUCAAGGUGAGAUUGUUCAAAAGUAUAGAAAGCUCUUGCCAUGGACACCCAUCGAAGGUUGGACUCCAGGUAAUCUUGGAACGAUUGUCACAGAGGGCCCAAAAGGAAUGAAAGUAUCCAUGAUUAUUUGUGAUGAUGGCAACUAUCCUGAAAUCUGGAGAAACUGCGCCGUCCAUGGAGCAGAAUUGAUCAUUCGUCCUCAAGGAUACAUGUACCCAGCAAAGGAUCAACAAGUCCAAGUUUCCAAGACAAUGGCCUGGUGCAACAACGUGUACGUUGCGGUUGCGAAUGCAUCCGGAUUUGAUGGAGUCUACACAUACUUUGGCCAUUCCGCUGUUAUUGGAUGCGAUGGACGAACUCUAGGAGAAUGUGGUACAGAAGACAAUGGCAUCCAAUAUGCCCAAUUGUCUAUUUCGGAAAUCCGUGACAUGCGCAAGAAUGAUCAAUCCCAGAAUCAACUUUUCAAAUUGCUCCAUCGGGGAUACACUGGUGUCUACGCCAAUGGGGAUGGUUCCAAGGGAGUUGCUGAAUGUCCAUUUGAUUUCUACAAGACAUGGGUGAAUGAUCCAUUGGAGGCUCAACGAAUGGUCGAGAAGAUUACCAGACCGACCAUUGGCGUGUCGUGUUGCCCAGUGGCUGGUAUCCCUCAACCUUCGGAAGAACAUGAAGAACACGACAUUGCGGAACUUGCUCACGAGCUGAACCUUCAGUGA